AUGACCUCUGACGGCGGCAUGCUCAGUCCUUCCGCCAGAGGCAAAAAGUACAGCUUCCUCCCCGGCGUCUACGAUCCACAACCAUCAGGGUGGAAGAACGUGAUGAACGAGCGAGACGGUCGAGACUCGGGCGCCUCCGUAGUGCUGUGCCGCUAUCGUAGGAAGGCGCUAUUCCGCCAUCACACCCUUCUCGCGCCUAUGCCCUUCGAAGUCAUCGAACGUGAGAUCAACUAUGGAUACGACGCGACUCAAGAUCCCAGUCCGAAUGAAUGGGACGUGGAGCUCUUGAUCACUGUCAAGCGCGGAAGAGACGCCGAGUACAUGAUACCGGAACCCGGAGACAAAACAAGAUGUUCAUACCCUAACGACAUCAUCCAAGAUCAACUCUUUGAUGACGACCCCGACUUUACAUCAGUUUUUUUCUACGACCAUCACCUUGAUCGUUGGUACAAGGAUUGA